AUGGGACCCUCGAAACAUUUCAAGCAUUCCAGCAAGGACAAUAAACGCAAAAAUGAGCAGAAGGCCCUGAUUACUCAAGAAGAUUUCUACCUAGCGGCGAUCGACUGCGAAGAACAGGCUGACCGUUGGUUGCUAUCGGACGUUAAGAAAUGUCUGCGGUUCUAUCUAAAGGCUCUCGAGCACUACGAAAGUGGCCUGACUGCUCUAGAUUCUACGCAGGAAGGGAAAUAUAAUAUCUAUUAUAAUGAAACAAGACUUUUUUUGCAAAUUUAUACGGAUUAUCUGGCCAAUAAUGGCUACAUUAAUAUCUUGCAAUACGUGAAGAUGGACGAUAUGCCUGAUCUUUCUAAUUUAGUACUAUCCUUGCCACAGAUUACCCAACGGUUUGAAAUUGUUUAUGAGACUUUCCCAGAGCAGAGAACUUGGGAUCUCCAGUUCAACCUAUUGACGUGCUACUUGACUCUCAUAGAGUCAUUAGACGACACUUUUCCGCCCACUGUUGCAAUGGAGGGUUCAGACAUUUUAACUUUGACAAACAAAUAUAUUGAAAUUUUUCAACACUUAGUUAAUUAUUUGUUACAAGAACUACAGAACUGGAACAACAAUACGGAACAAAACUCUGAUGACACAGAUGCGGAGUUGGAAAGAGAUACUUUGGAUGAAGACGCGAUGCAAGUCACCAGGGACGGAACUGGGAUUCGAACGAAUGGUCCUUCGCAACCACAGGCGGAAACUAUGGAGGUUUCUGAACAAGUGACCCCGUCCUCACUUACCGAAGUACUCGUCAACUCUCUAAAGUUCAAUCACGCUUUGAUGGAACUGAUCUUUGAGUCGAAAAUAUCCACCGAAAAAAAUCCUGAAACGGAAAUCUUGAAUCCUAUUCAGAUCAAUUUUUUGGAAGAUACAACCAAUAAAUUCUAUUUACAACUAUGUGAUAUUAUAGACUCCAUUUCCGCCGCCAUUCCAUUAGAUCUGAAGGAAAUUGGCUUAGCGAAGGUUUUAAUUGAAGGUUUUAACAUCAUCACCUCGGGGACUUUCGAGUCAUUACAAGAUUUUGUUUUGCAAACCGCUUCCUUUACCGACCUCCUUGAUGAAAAUGACAUACAGGGCAAGAUUGACCUUUCGUUGAUCAGGGUUGAUAUCGUUGAAUUCGCUAUUUUGUGUCUAAGCGAGUUUUCUUCAGAUUCAGCUUGGAAGCUCUCUGGGCUAUUGACUAAAGUUCUUACAGAGGCUAGAGCUUUAUUAACGAACCACAGAAACCACAUUUUGUUUGCAAAAAAUCAGAAAUUGAACGAACAAUUGAGCCAUGUUGUCUUUCAACUUUGCGAUGUCUUAGUAAAUUCCUCUGAUAAUGAACUGAGAAGGUACGCCAUAAAACAGUGCAGUGAAAAGGCACAAAAACCCCCAGAAGGGGCACGUACUUUAGAAAUACUGAUGAAAAAUGCUAAUGUUUUCCUGAAUAAUGCUGUCCUUAUUUCAUCAAAACAGUGCGGAUUACAAGAAACAAUUAUCGAUAAACUGAAAAGAAAUUAUAUCCACAAUCAAGCUAAGGAAAGGCUACUUUUCUUACAAGGCCUUGAAGAGAAGUCGAAUGGUGAUGAUGUUACGUCAGCUUCGCCUACCACAAUGACGUUUGAUAUGCCACCAGAUCACCCAUUCUAUAGCCACUAUCGGUAG